GCCUGUUCUAUUUAUGGCCACGCCGCCGCCAGUGAUCGAUUCCAACGAGCAACGGGGCACAGCAAACCGCCAACUGAAAAAUAAUAGAGCUCAUUAACAUUUUAAUGAGCCAUAAUUAAUUCCAUUACAGGUGACUACGGGGGCGCACACACACAUACGCCAUAGGAACUAUAACAAUGGAUGCUUCCGUAUACAUUCAGAACAUCGAUAUUUCCGAUUUUUGUGGUUUGCUCUCAAUGGUUGGUAACCGGAACGGAUGUUUGCCGGUGAAAAUGCUCGUAAGUAUGCUACAGUAAUUAUUUUCAACCACUAAAGCUAGUUUUUUAUGUAUCAUAAUUUUUGUAAUGAUUAUCAUGUUAACUAGCGGUAAAUAUGUUCAACUAACUGAAUUCCUAGAAUAUAACUUUCCGGUUACAUGGCCCAAGGAUCUAAAAUUGCCACAAUUAAGGUAGACAAUUUAUGCGCUUAUGGUGCCCGAUUCAUUACGGAAAAUAUGUAAUUGGCUGCUCUGGUGUCAUGCCAACAUUUUCCUGCUACCAGUAUAUAUUCGAGCCGAUGCUGUAGAUACUUUCCUCUAUGUAAAGCCACAUCACCCUUGAGAGUAGAUAUUUUCCUCCUCUAGGAAAAUUGUGAAAUGGAAGUGAACGCUUUCUGCUCCCAAGUGCUCCCUCCUAUGAUGUCGCCGGAAACGAACCGGAUGGAGGGAAGAAUCAUAGCAUAGCAAUAACUACACACAAUACUUCCACCUUCACAGUCUGGUCGUCGUACAUAAACGGUCUUUUCCUGCUCAGCUCACCCUCUGGUAGCUUCCACCCCCCGUAGCAAUCUCGGUUGGUCGUUACGUGCUCCGGCUGCAAGUAUGCAAUGUGAUAACAAGCGGGAACGCGUUCCUUGGUUCUAUGUGCGCUCUUAUAUUGUUACUAUAGCAGCAGCAGCAGCUCAGGGAUACACAUUCUCAUUAUCCUUGCCACCGCGAUUGACGACUCGUUUGGCUGUCUAGGUGUGUGUAUGUGCGCGUGUCACCGCUGCCACGUGAUUGGAAAGAGGACAUGUGGCACGAUAUGGGUGCACUUUCCACGUUAAAUUCUCCGAGCUUCAUAAAUCUUUUAAACGUCCUUCGGCAAGCAUCGAUUAGAACGGUUAUCGGUUUUGAAACGCCGCUCAGUUCGUUAGGGUCCUUCGUUUGAAACGGAAGCUGCACCGUUCCUCCGUAGACAGCUCAAUGACCCACUACUGGAGGAGAUAUCGGUCGGUUGUGAAAUAGUUGUGACUCUGUAGGUGUUACUUGGAAUAUGGCUCUACAUCCGCUGUCCUACAAGGACACUCCGAACAAAUCUCCGACGGUACUUGGAGGGGCUACACCCGGCGGCACGAUCGCUUCCAAGGUCCCGUUUUCUAUUGAGGAUAUACUGUUUCAAAAUGGACAUAACAACAACAACAAUAACAAUAGUGCUAAUUUUAACGUGAAAUCGGUGAAAACCCCAGGGUCUCCCUCUGGGCCGCAAGUGAUUGAAGGUGGUAUGGGUGGUGGUGGUAGCAAUAGUAGAAGCAGCAGUAGUAACAAUAGCAAUGCCUCGGUGGACUCCUGUGGAGGUCAUCGAAAAGUGCCCCAAUUUAGAGGUGGCGAUGGAAAUAACAACAGCAACAACAACAAUAGUAGUAAAUUUAGUGAUAGUAACGUGAUACGCAGUGAUAGCAAUAGGAAUAAUAGCCACGGUCCAGUCACAAUCAAUGGAAUAAGCGGAUGUGAAGAGGAAUACCGAAAGCCGUUACCCACGGAAAGGUACAACAAACUUUCUCUGAACAACCAAAGUGGUCCCCCGCCGGGUGGCCCACCCGGGCCCCAAUUCAGCAACCCAAACCCAACGGUCAUCUAUCCGGGUGGACCGUAUGGCGAUCCAGGCUAUCUUCAAAUGGCUCUCGGUGCCUAUCUGGCACCGUCGGCCAGUGGCUACAAAACGGUGGACCCAUACUUCCUCUCCCAAGCAGGCCUCUUUGCUGGAUCGCCUUUGUUCCCGGGUGGUGGUUGUCCGGAUAUAGCACUCGGACUGGGCAUGGGGAUGAGCGCGCUGAGGCACUGCCGGCGGCGAAAGGCACGGACCGUUUUCAGUGACCCCCAGUUGACCGGACUGGAGAAGCGAUUUGAAGCUCAACGAUAUUUAUCAACACCUGAACGAGUAGAGUUGGCAUCGGCGUUGGGUCUCAGUGAGACCCAAGUGAAAACGUGGUUUCAAAACAGGCGGAUGAAGCACAAAAAGCAGCUCCGACGACGGGAAAUCAAUAAUGCUGAACCAGUCGACUUUUCACGCAACGAGUCUACGAACGGAACAUCGGGAUCUAAUGGCCCGAAUGCAACCAACCAAUCAAACUCCUCCGGAGCCACCACCAACCGACUAAGCUCCGGCGCUGGCGGGGAAAAGGCAUUCUCAGCCUACAAUAGCAAUAGCAACAGCAGCAACAAUAACAAUCACCUCCACCUACACCCACACGGAGGAAAAUCCGGGAAACCCCUUCCGAUAGGAAGCGGUGGUCCGGCACCACCACAGAUGGGAGGUAUCCUGAAGGGGCUGCACGCGUCGGCCAACUCAUCGUUCAGCUUGGUACGACGGCCCCCGAUGAAUGAUGGCGAGCUGCUCAGCGAUGACGACGAUGACUACGGUAACGAUUCGGAUGAUGACUGCAGCGACGUGGACAUAGUCGGAGACGAGAAAGGCUACAUGACGUAGGCCGGCCAACAGUCAAUUUAGUAUCGUAAAUGAGAGUGUAAUUAUCUAGUCUCCCAGGUUGACGUUUGUUUCAUAGUUUUCCUUCUUGAAUCACCGCAGUGUACAGUGCAAAACGAAAAUUAGUAAUAAAUGCAGUGCUUUCUUGUUUUUUGGAAUCUCGUCAGUGAUUUUUGGAGAAUACAUAUUUCAAAUCAAAACGAUACAUGAAUAAAAUUUCUUCGGCGGGAGAAAAUAUCAUUUCUUGAAAACUAAGAAAAAAAAAUAUGUUUUCGAAAAAGAAGAAAGCACUGUCAACCAUUCCUUUCAGAUCUAAUGUUUAUUGACUGUUCCAGAAAUUAUAAGCACACCUAUGCAUUAGGGUGGGGCUAAUUUCAAAAAAUCUCUCCGAUAUAUGAUUUCCCAAGUGGAAAGUGAUCUACUAGUCGAAAUAAGUCAGCUGUACAAAAAUGAGCGAUUUCGGUUGAUAUUUGGGGGUGGCACAAAGGGUUCAAGUGAAAUUUUUGCUAGAACAAACUUUCAAAAAUCAUUUCAAAUUUAAUUUUCAAACUUAUUUUUUCUAGACUAAAUCGGUGAUUCUAGAACCCAAUUGGGCCAAAUUUGUGCUCAAAAUUGCGAUAUCUCCACUGGUUUCCGAGAUAUUUAAAAAAAUGUCAUAUUUUGGUACCUAACCCAAAAAAUACUGAAAAACGACAUUUUUUCAAAUAUCUCAGAAACCAGUAGAGAUAUCGCAAUUUUGAGCACAAAUUUGGUCCAAUUGGGUUCUAGAAUCACCGAUUUAGUCUAGAAAAAAUAAGUUUGAAAAUUAAAUUUGAAAUUAUUUUUGAAAGUUUGUUCUAGCAAAAAUUUCACUUGAACCCUUUGCGCCACCCCCAAAUAUCAACCGAAAUCGCACAUUUUUGUACAGCUGACUUAUUUCGACUAGUAGAUCACUUUCCACUUGGGAAAUCAUAUAUCGGAGAGAUUUUUUGAAAUUAGCCCCACCCUACUAUGCAUUGUAAGAAACCUUGGGUUUAACAAAAAAAAACUGUUGUAUAUAGACUGUUUCAGAAAUUAUAAAUACACUUUGUUUAUUAAAUUAAAUGAACUGUUGUAAUGAUUUUUACCAACUUGUUUCAGAGUAUAGCAUAUUGUACUCCAUAUUUUUAUAUUUCCUUUCAAUUGUCUUGAUAUUUUAAAGAACAGUCGAGUUCUCUAACAAAUAACUUAAUUUUUCAAAUUUGCCUUUGCACAAAGGUGUUUUUUAAUGAUUUCAACAUUACUUAUCACUAAAUACCAAAACUUAUCUAAAUUUUUAUCACAUUCGCUUUCUCAACAAGUUGUCUAUGUAAUGUCUUGAUCAAAAUUUGGGAAAAAAUCGAUAAAGGCAUUCCCACAACAUUUUUUCGGAGAUCAAGUUUCUUAUUUUUUAAGGUUUUCUACGGAACAUAAGAACUACCACACAGUUUCUUAGCUUUCCUGAACGCAUGUAAUCUAAACAAACUUAUUUUUUCAGCUCAUUCGAUCCUUAAGAUGGCAAAGCAUGUCAUACCAUAAAAACGAAUGCAGUAAGCAGUAAUUAAGACAUUUGUUUGCUUAACGUUUGUUGCUACUGGUGUUGUUGAGAAAUUUGAAACAAAAGAUGUUGUAUUGAAAAGGCCCGUAAUGGUGGUUCUUGAUCAAAUAUUCCAGUAAAAAAUACUCUUAACAAUCGAGAAAUAUCUUUUAUUAUCGAUACAGCAAUUUUCAUUGUGUUUGGAAAUUAAAUAUUUUAUCUGUGAGAUUUUUUUCUUUUCUACUGUGCUACAUUUUUUGACCACUUUGUGCAACUUCAAAUUUUAAUCAUCUAGUUUACAGAGCCCUAUUUUUUAACUUUUACUAGAAACAUCAACAAAAUUGGUAUUAUUUGCUUCGUUAGCAUGUUUACUGUUAGAGCUAGAUGAAACUUUUUUGGAUAUUAUGCACAAAUUGAAAUGGCAGUUGAUCGUUAGUGUAUUUAUAAUUUCUGAAACAGUCUAUAAUUCCGGUGGAAUCGUAGCAGAGUAAAACAACGUGAUUCACCUUUGCUUUGUUGCACACGAAUGACUUUUUUUUUUACACAAAAGAUACGGUGGAAGUGGUCAAUUAUAUUGAUGUUCUCCAGAGAGGUAGUACACUGAAUACAUUAUAAUGCGAACUUUAUAACAUUUAACUUUUUAUAAUAGGUGUUGGGUCACUAUGCGGUCUUCGACAAAGUUGUUUGGCUGAAGUCACUGAUACCUGAACUAACAUGCCUUUCAUUUUGGAAUGUCCAAGCAUUAUCUUUCAAAAGAAUCUGAAAGUUGUCAUAAAUUCCUUCUUGUAAUAACACCACGUCUCCACUAGACAGAAAUGUCUUGCCAUUUUGCUGCCAGAAAGAGAAAUCGUAGCAGAAAUGAUCAACACCGCUGCUUUCCAUUCAAACAGCGAGAGAACAUUUCUGUCAUGACACAUCUGUCCAGCAAAAUGGCAAGACAUUUCUGUCUAGUGGAGACGUCGGGUAAUGAAUAAUGUAUUAACGAUGUACCUACUUAUAUACGGCCAACACAUUUCCUUUUCAUAUUGAUUACUGCACUGCUCGACAAAAUUUCACAAAAUUUUGUGUUAUGGGAUGAGAAAAAACCCAAAUUAAUCCACCUAGAGGUGAUAGUGCCUUUCUCGUCGUAUAUGUUCUCACGAUCUUUCCGUCGACGUAAGUCAAAGUGUUCCUGAAUCCUGAUAUUUUUUAAGAAAAGCAAGCAUUUUAUCAAAGUCAUCAUUGAAUUGACUUAAAACUUAUUGAUGGCACAUACUCCGACGUUAUGUUCAGCGUAAAAGCAGAGCUGAAUAAUAUCAGAUUUCUCAGUUGACUGCUUGAGUACCUUCACUAACAUUGGGAGCUGAUCAAUAUCAAGACGAUACUAACAAGCUAAGAUAUAACUUUUUACACAUUCACAGAUCACUUUGCGGUCUUCGAUAAAGUUUUUUUUUUGCACAUUCUAGGUUAUAUUUUAUUGACCCUUAAAAACAAGAACGUAGUGAGUAUAGUGAGACGUCUGUUUGUAUGUGGGUUUAAUAUGUCAAGAUUUUGUUCUCUUACACAUAUUUAUCGCUUGCAUUGAUUUUAUUUACUUUCGUAGUUCCGGCGAAGCAUCAAACGCUGGUUGUGCAACCCUACCAGUAGUCUCUAAUGUGGUAUGAGCCUAUUUUCUAGUUAACCGUUCCUCAGGUUAUUAAAAAAGCCGUGAUGUGAUAUGUCGCAUGGUAUAUUUGGUUACUUUCCGGAACAGGUUCCGGAGCACCAUCAGGUCUCCCAAAUAUAGUCUGAGGCAAUAUCAUUGCUAACGUACAUCAGGUUACCUAAAAAAACACGAUUUGAUUUAUCUUAUGCAUGGGUAUAAAUCACUUUUACAUUUGACCACUUCCUGUGGGACACCCAGAACUAGUUUCGGGACACUACCGGUUGUCUAAAAUAUGGUCUGAGGCUAUGUUCUUACGAAUCGAUCAUCGUGUUAUCAAAAAAGGGUCUCCAGUUGGCAUAGUGGUUAAGGCUAUGAAUCGCCAAUCCGGAAACGGCGGGUUUGAUUCCCGUUCCGGUCGGGAACAUUUUCUCGACUUCCUGAGCAUAGUGUAUCAUUGAACUUGCCUCACAACAUACACAUUCAUGCAAUGGCGGGCAAAGAAAACCCUUCAUUUAUUAACUGUGGAAGUGCUCUAAAGAACACUAAGUAGAAGAGAGGCAGGCCAAGUUCCAAUGCGAACGUCGAGCUAUAAAGAAGAAGAAGAAGUUAUCAAAAAAGCUGCUAUUUGAUGUACUGUCAAACCCCGCGUAUUCAUCACUCUUUAAUAAGACACUUUUUAACUUGUACCCCGCUCAUUCGAAAUUUGUGAAAUACACUGUAAAUACGAAUGAAACGAUAUUGUGAUGUUACUUACACACCCGCAGCGGCUCCUCGUGCAGCUGCUACUUCCGAAAGUUCUAAUUUGGUGCGUUCCGACACCUGAUCCGUUUGGUGAUCAACCGCAGUGAACCUCGUAAAAAUGAACCACCACAAUAUCUAUAAGAUUUGUGUUCAAAAACAAAUCACACAAUCUAAAUAAAACUAAAAUAGAGUUAGUUUAUCGAAUUGAAAGUUUACACAGGUAAUUUGACAGCAAUCAUUGCCGAAUCAGCGUGGUUUUAUGGUACGACACGCAUGGAUUUGAUUCAAUUUCACAUUUACAACUUUCGGUUCACAUUUUACCACUUACCGAUUGUCCCUGAUGUGGUCUUAGACUAGUUUCAUGCAAAUUAUUAAUUAGUUCUCCUACAAAGUCGCAAAUUUAUGUAAUGCAUGUAUGGGUUUGGUUCAUUCGUGCAUUUCGCCAGUUCCGGCGAGGCACUCGAAUCUGGUUCCGGAACACUACUGACCUGAGACUAUUUUCUUGCUGACCGUUCUUCGCGUUAUCGAAGAAGCCGUUAUUUAGUGUGCUGCGUGUAUGCGUUUGAUUUUUUUUCUACAUUUGACCACUUCCGUCGGGGCACCUGGAACCGGUUUCGGCACACUAUUGGUUUUCCAAAGUAUGGUCUAUGAUUUUUUUUUGUUAACCGUUCAUCAACUUACCUAAAAAGUCAUUAAAUGUGUUUCGAAUUUAUGGGUUUGGUUCUCCUUUACAUUUGACCACUUCCGAUGGAGCAACCGUAAUCGGUUGCGGAACACUACCGGUUGUCCCCAAUAUGGCCGGAAACUUUUUUUCUGUUAAAUCAAGAUGCCUUAAAAUCCGCGAUUUGAUGUGUCGCUUGCAUGGGUUUGGUUCCCUUUUAUAUUUGGUCAUUUCCGGCGGGACACCCGGAACCGGUUCUGGAUCACAACCGAUUCAGAUAUGUUCUGAAAAUAUUUUCCUGCUUACUGUUCAUCAGGAUAUAAAAAAAUCCACGAUUUGAUACUUGAUUUGAUAUGUCCCUUGCAUGGGUUUAAUUAACUUUUAUACUAUGCCACCUCCGGCGGAACAUCUGGAACCGGUUCCGAUAUGGUCUGAGAAUGCUUUCCUGCUUACUGUUCAUCAGGUUAUUUAAAAAGCUGUGGUUUGAUAUGUCACAUGCAUGGUUUUAUUUCAAUUUUAUAUUUGGCCACUUCCGACGGAACACCCGGAACCGGUUCCGGGACACAACCGGUUCAGAUAUGGUCGGAGAAUAUUAUCCUGCUUACUGUUCAUCAGGAUAUCAAAAAAGACACUAUUUGAUAUGUCGCAUGCAUGGGUUUGGUUAACUUUAAUACUUGGCCACUUCCGGCGGGACAUUUGCAACCGGUUCCGGAACACUACCGGUUCCGAUAUGGUCUGAGAAUGUUUUCCUGCUUACUGUUCACCACGUUAUCGAAAAAGCCGCGGUUUGAUAUGUCGCAUGCAUGGGAUUAGUUCACUUUUAUGUUUGGUCACUUCCGGCGGGACACCCGGAACCGGUUCCGGGACACAACCGGUUCAGAUAUGGUCUGAUACUAUUUUUCUGCUUACCAUUCAUCAAGUUAUCGAAAAUGCCGUAGUUUGAUGUGCCGCAUGGAUGGGUUUGUUGCGUUUUCAUAUCUGGCCCCUUCCUGGGGUACCGGUCCGGAACACCUUAAUGGCCAUAACUCCGGAACGGCUGGACCGAUCUGAUCUAUUUUCAAUAGGAAACAAUGGGACCAGAUUCCGCGUCGAAUGAACCGUCGGUCAAUAAAAUCGGUUGAGGUUUACUGCCAAAAAGUGAUGUGAGUUUUUUGUACACACACAUACACACACACACAUACACACACACACACAUACACACACACACACAUACACACACACAGACAUCACCUCAAUUCGUCGAGCUGAGUCGAUUGGUAUAUAAGACUUGACCCCUCCGGAGGCUCUAUCAAAUUUUCGUUUUUGGAGUGAACAUAUAGCCUUUCGGUACACCUUGGUGUACGAGAAAGGCAAAAAGUAACAGGGGUUUGGGACCCUAGAAGUGUCAUAGUGAAAGUAUUUUUGAAAAAUAUUGGACCGGGCCUUCACAGUUCAAAACCGAAGUUUGUAUGGAGAACUUGGGGUGUUCAAUUGAUAUGUGCAUUAGAACGUGUCGUGCAUAUUUUUGGACGUUUUCGGUAUUUGGGUUAGUUUCGUUAUUGCCUAACGCCUAAAUAUAUGCACAGCGCGUUCUAAUGCACAUAUCAAUUGAACACCCCAACUUCGGUUUUGAACUGUGAAGGCCUGGUCCAAUAUUUUUCAAAAAUUCUUUCACUAUGACACUUCUAGGGUCCCAAACCCCUGUUAUUUUUUUCUCAUCCCAUAACAAAAUUUAGUGUUGAACGGUGUUAUGGGUGUUAGAUCUGAAAGGAAUGGUAUAAUUGUACAAAAACAAUUGUUGGAUAUUUUGUCAACUUUACUAAAUUAAGGAUUGUAAAUCUGCACCUAGACGAGUUUGGCGGUGUAUCGCAUGGAAACAUUUAUAUGUAUAGAGAUCUGAUCUGAAAAUUCUAAAAUAAACCGGUCAACUUAGAGCCAAUUUAAUACACUAAUUAUUCAUUACUCGGCAGCUUUGUGUAAUUACCAACCACAAAAGCGGAUAAAUUGGCCAAUUUAUUAACUCUAACCGGCAGUGUUGUAUAGGUGUAGCUGUACAGCGACGCAUCUAUCUACGAUGAUGAUGACACAUCUCCAUGGAAAAUCUGUCCUCCCACACCCUCGUACAUACAUGUUAGGUACCUAAUGCGUUUAUACGAUGGAAAUGCUGGUCCCUUCUGAUUUUCCGCACUACAACUACCAUAAAUGCCACCCAACCGGAUCGAUGCGAGGCGGAGCCUCAGGAUUCACUGACGUAUGUGUAUGUUGGUCUCUAUGUGACUUCGCCUAUGUACGUUUCCCGAACAGACGCCCACCAACACCAGCACGGAAAGUCCUGCAGUAUCUGUCCUUGGUAUAUAGAGUCAGGAUAACGGUAAGGAUACUGGGAUAAAAAAAAAACAUUCCAAAGAGGAUUAAUAUGCCGUAUACUUUUUUAUGUCGAGUCGUUUGACGGGGUAGGGAAUGGGGGAACAUCAGCACACGACCGUUUACCAAGCAAUCAGUGUCGUCAAGUCAUGUUAUUCUGAUUUCCACCCGACCAUACGCCGUUCACAUCGUCUUUGUCGGUCCUGCGUAUCCUGUCCUGACUGUUCGUCCGUGGGGACACGAUGUUGCUCAUUAGGUCCAAUUAUGCUUGAUGAAGAUAUGGCAGGUUGGAUCGAUGAUGAGCGCAGUUGCGGAGAACAGAGGUUUGCAUCGUUGAAGCUGUUUUGGUAUCAAUCAUGGUAUGACUCGAGGUAUGACUAACAAGAGAGAUUGGUAACUUGCUCUGAAUAUUUUUGCUAUAAUUGUUUUAAUACAAAAAGCAAAUCUGUGCAAUGCAGCUGCAUAUAACUUAACUUCAGUCAUAUUUUUAUGA